UCACCAAUACAUUAUUUACGAAGUAAGGCUUUGUUUGUCCGUWAAAAAGUCCUUUUUUAUUUAACUUGUAACAGAAAAGAGCCCAGAAUUUACAUAAUGAGAGACCCAGUGCCAUAGUGUYAACAGUGUAAGGCCGUUUGAAAGGUUUCAAGGCGGUAAAUAUUCUGCGGUUAAUCUUGGUUACAGAAAUUCAAAAUGGUGGUUUUAAAAAUACCAACUUGGUAACCAACUUUAUCGAUAAGAAACCCCAUAAAGAUGACGAAUACUUCAGUUUAUCUUGAAGAAAACGAGGUCAUAAGGCUUAUCCUCCAGUUUUURAACUCUCGGAGGCUUCACAAGUCGAUGAGGAACUUGGAGAGAGAAAGUGGAGUUACAAAUUGUAGCUUUACUGAAGACGUGGUGUUCCUUCGUCAACUCAUUUUGGACGGUGAAUGGGAUGCAAUUUUGACUUUUGCAAAACCCUUGGAGAAGAUUGAAGAGUUUGAUAUUAGGAAAUUUCGUUAUCUGGUACUGAAGGAAAAAUUCAUGGAAGUUUUGUAUUUUAAAUCUGGAAUUGAAGGGGUUUCUUCAAGCUAUUCCAUUGAAGACCUUGUCAAGUGCUUGAAUCAGCUUGAACAAGAUUGCCCUUUUAAGAGUGACUACACAAAAUUAUGCUGGCUUUUGACAGUACCAGAUCUUCAAGAACAGCCUGAAUACAAAGAUUGGAAUCCAGAAACUGCACGUAUUAAAUGUUUCAGGGAGAUUUUAGAGCUGUUAAAGAAUGUCAUGCCUGUUGAGAAGCGCAGUGGUAGCAAUAAGACCCCAAAACAUCCUGCAAAGGAUAGACUUGUUACUUUGAUUGUCAAGGGGUUGUGCUUUGAGGGCUGUGUAGAUUUUUGUCAUCAACGUGCAAUCAAUGGCGAGGCAGAUGACAACAUCCUAGAAGUGGCGAAGGAUGUUUUGGGUGGCACUUCACACGAAAGUACUGGAAAUUUUUUGUCGUGGUUAAGAAGUCUACCACAAGAAAGCUUUCUUGCUCCUUUUGAACCACUGUCAUUGGAUGUUGACUUUAAGAAAGCYGAACACUCAAAAAGAUUCCGUCUAUCAAACAAAAGACUUCAACAUGAAGCUGAAAAUCUUUCUAAAAGUUUGUCUCUUUCAGAAAGACCAUCAACUGCCGACAGUGCUCCUCGUCUUACGAGCACAGUACAGAAUAAGACUAYAUCUUUAAAGGAAGCAGAAUUCAAUGAACGAUCUCAAAGUGCCUUGGCUAGUGUCAACAAAGUAUCAAGUUCAUAUAGUAACUUUCAAUAUAGAGGCGAGAGUCCAAAUGUGAAUUUCCAACCUGUUAAUUCUAAAUCAAAUGGAAAUGGCCAAUACACCCAAAUCGGCACCCCGAAAAAAGACACUUCAAAGCCCAGCAAUUAUAAUGUCAGUGGUGACAUCCUUCGUAAAGAUUUCUCUGAUACAUCGCCUAYGAUAGUUACCAAAAAUAAUGUGCARCCAAAUGUGGUUGAGUCUGUACAAGGAGUCAGAGACAGCCAAGAUUCAAUUGAUCGUUUAAAAACUAACCAAGAGAAUAGYGUUUUGAAAAGGUUAGAAGAGCAUGAACAAAGACAAAUGCAAUUGAGACAAAAGCUUAUGAAUGACAAAAAUUCCCCUUCAGCGUUAAAGGGAAUGGAAAAUGGGAGUGUAAGAAAUGGAAUGGCUGGUAACGAAGAGCUCCGAUGGCAGAAUGGGAUAAGCAAUGGUAGAAAAAUGAAUAAUGUAGGUGACAGUGAUGGUGACAGUGAAUCUCCAAGGAAUUACGAAGCUAAGAAUGGAAUGAAGUCAACCCAAAAUACAACAUCAAACAGUCCUAAUAAUGAAAGUAUUUCACAUUCCCACAAAAGAAUGUGCCGAGAAUCACCAGUUGGAAAAGAAGUAUCACCUAGUUUCAAAGACAAUGAUGACAUAGAGGCACCAUCACACUAUGCUGUUACUUCGACGCCGUUAACAAAAAAGAAACUUAAGCCAGAACCUUUAAGUUUUGAUACAAUUAACUAUGAGGCACCUACUCAUUUAGAGCCAAAAGAUGAGAGAAUUAAURUGAGUGAGCAAAAAUAUGCCGAGGAGGUGAAAAAAGGUGAAAGCCCUCAUAUGGAUGAACGAGAAGUGGUUAGUCAGUUUCCGAAAACCCCUAAAGCAAACAUUUUACCUCCUGGACACUGYAUAGCAUUGAAGGAUGGAUCUGGAGUCAUGAAUACAAGCACUCCAAAAUCUUGCAGAGACAGRAUGUCCAAUACUCCAGGACCUCCAGCCUCACCAGUCUAUGUUCAACCCAACCAAACAACAUCAGAUAACAAUGGCCAUUCCGUCAUUGAUGGCAAAGAAGACAUGAGUAGCGUYUUACCUAACGAUAACGAUGAUGAUGAAAAAUUCCUUCAAUAUGAGAACCAGGAAAACCAAGCACUAGGCAUGGUGAACGACGCCCCUCCACGACGAGGACCCAAGAUCAAUGGGGUACGUCGGACACUUGUAUCUACUGGCCCACCCAUGCCGCCAAAUAAGAGUGCCACACCCCCAGAAGAGAGAAGAGAGGCCAAAACACCCAGGCAAGACAGGCCAACUUCUAAAACCACGAAGCAGGAUUUAAAGGGGAAAGCUUCAMCAAGAGAUCAGAAACAGGCACCAGUCAAGAAAAUAAGUAGGGAGGAAACAGGAAGUGGAAAAAGGAAAAAUAGUGGGACUACUUUUGUGGUUGGUAAGGACACGCCAAGUACCACUGCCAACCUGACAUACCACAAACCUACAAACCAAGAAUUACCUCCCAACGUAUCUGAACCAAAAAKCAACGAAACAACCAGGUUGAUGGAAAAACAGAGAGAACACUUAGCAUCCACAUCAGAGCCUAUUAGGUUCUGUAAUGUAGCAAGUUUAGAAGAUGUACAAGCUAUAAGAGCAGUUGCCUUUCAUCCUUCUGGAGAAUUGUUUGCAAUCGGUUCUAAUUCUAAAACUCUUAGAGUGUGUUCAGCUUCUGGUCUCUCUUCUUACAAGAAAAUGGAAAGUGCAAGUGACUUGAUUUCACCUCAGCCUACCAUAUUAUUCAAGCGUAACCGACACCACAAGGGYUCUAUUUACUGCAUAGCAUGGAACAACUCUGGUGAUCUCGUAGCAACUGGGUCUAAUGACAAAAGCAUUAAGGUGCUUCACUUUGAUGCUGAGAACUGUACUCAGAUUGGACCUGAGAUGGAGAUGAAUAUUCACAGUGGUACUGUUAGAGACUUGGCUUUUGCGUCACGCAGUGGGGGAUCCAAUGUGAUUGUCUCAGGAGGAGCAGGGAAUGGUAACAUACUCAUAUCAGACUCUAGCACUGGUAACACCAUAGGACAGCUAACAGGCCACUCAGGCCACAUCAUGAGUGUAUUUGCUGCCAAGGAUGACAUCAUUGCCUCAGGAUCCAAUGACAACACGGUCCGUCUGUGGGACCUGAGGUCGCAGAGAUGUAUUGACGUCAUUGCUACUGGGGAGAGCUGUGUAGCAUCUGUCUGUGUUAGUCCUAGUUGUCGUUUGCUCUCGUCAGGCCAUGAGGAUGGAGGAUGUAUGAUCUAUGACAUCACGGCAGGCAGAACUUUACAGUUCUUCAAACCGCACACCUUAGACUGCAGGUCUGUGCGGUUUUCCCCUAACGGGCGCUACYUAUUAACAGGCUCUUAUGACACUAGUAUUAUUCUUCUGGACAUGCAACAUAACUUAGAGUGCAACAUCCCUCCGUACUCUGUCGCAGCACAACACAAGGACAAGGUGAUUCAGUGCCGAUGGCAUCCAUAUUUAAUGGCAUUUGUCAGUAGUAGUGCUGACAAAACUUCUUGUCUUUGGACAUUAGACUGCUAAAAAGAAUAAUAUUAUAUUAAUUAUMUCUCACUACAUACUCAGCUGCUUAAUUCAAUCAUCAUCCAAUAUAGCCCCAUUACACAAUACACUCGUAUGACAGUUUAUUAUCAAUAUUUUGAAACUCAUUUACAAUUUGAGGCUUCAGAAACCUCAGAAAUCUCUGGUUUUUUCAAAAAUUUUCUAUUCUUAGCCUAAAGAAUUUGAGACAUUAGUAAUCAUCAGAUCKACAAAUGGGCUAUUAAGAGCUUUAUAAUAUUCUCUGAUACCAAUUUCAACAGAGAUAAGAGUUUGAUAUACGAGUUGGUAAUGAUAUUCAACUUUCAUGUAUCAUUAUAACUACCCCUAAGGGUAUUAUUGAAUAUCAAUUGUUGGUUUCCAAGUAACCAUCUUUAAUAUCAUUCAAGUUUWUUCCUUGAAUGUCUUGAGGGAUCUAGAAAUAAUUUCCACUUCUUAAAAUAGAUUUCAGUUCUCCCGUACGUGACCCAUCUCACAUAAUAAAUUUAUGAUUAAUUGCUGCAACAGUCUUUUUGUAAUCAAAUAUAUCAGRAUUAUUGUGUGAUGUUUAUAUAUAGUCUGCCACAGGGAUCAAUGCAAUUUAAACGUGCCAUGGGGACUAUUAGGCCAUCAACCACAACAUCUUCAUUUUACAUUUUCCUGAGUCAAAAUAUUAUUAACCUAUAGUAAAUAGACCUAGGCAUAGGUAUUAAUCAGGCAUGCUAUUUAAGUCUUGGUAAUGACCAAUCUAAAUCCCCCCAAUAUUUAAUUUCCCAGGAGARAAACAUUCUAUUUAUAACCUAGUGGCCAUAGUAUCAUGUCCUUUUUGGCAUUUUUUGCUCAAAAAUUAAUGAUUAUGAUUAUAAAAACGAAUUUAUUUUUGUACAUAGUAAAAAUCACGGGUUUUAAAAAUUGAUUUCAAGAAUUAAAASUAGUUGAUGUUAAAGAUUAUUUCAAAUAAUUAUGAUUAUUAGCAUGAAUGUGAGAAGUUUUCUAUUAAAAAURGAAGAAUCAUUCUGAUUUACAAAAUUUAGAUUAAUACACUUGUGUUCUUAGACUUAAUCCAAGUUUAGCUUGACUUAGAAGGCAGUAUUUGGAAGUGUAUUUAUUGAAUAUUUAUUUUGUUAUGGCAAGAACAGUAUUAAAUAUAAUAAACAUCAAAAAUGUGAUGGUUARAAUAUGCUAUCAAAAUGAUGGGAGUCAGUGUGGGUGGAAAAUGUUCUCRCUAAAGACCACUUGUCAUCCUCUUGAGAAUAAGAUUCUUUUUCAAGUGCACAUCCAUAUUUUAAUACAUCAUUCUUUUAAAGUAUUGCUGUUAAAUCRCUCUCUUCACACAAAAUGGAAAUAGCUUCAAGUAAGUGAAACAAGGAAUCAAAAUUGAAUUUGGAAAGGCAUUUAGUGUAUUUUAACAAUCAUACCAAAUGGAAGCCAUUUCAGUGUUGUGGUAUUCCAUUUCUGUGCAGAAGCCAUUUCACUGCUCUUGCAUUUUCUUUUCUGUACAAAAGGUGUGAAAGCCAUUUCAGUGUUGUGGAUGGGAAAUUGCUUCAGUGCUAUGUCAUUUUAGUGUUCUGACAUCCCAUACUAUGUCAAACAUGGGAAGCCAUUUCAGUGUCAUGGUUUACCUUUUAUGUGCAAAACAUACAAGAAGCCAGCACUGUGCAUGGCAUACCAUUUGUGUGCACAAAUCAAUGGGAAACCACAUCAAUGCUAUGGCUUCCAUUCAUAUCCAAAAGUACAGAAUGCCACURCCAUGAAUGCUAUGACACACUUAGUUUAACUGUAGCAGGGGAAAAUGAAAAUAUUUAGAAAUAUUACAAUAAGAAUUCUUAGUUGAAUUUAUUGUCAAAUAUGACAUCAUUAAAAAAUAAAAAAUUUCGAUAGAUAAAUGAGUACUUCCCACUUAAUUUCCCCACCAACUUUA